UAAUAAUUAUGCAUAUUUAUGGGGUGCAGUGUGUGGUUUUAAUAUAUGAAUAUAACAUGUAAUGAUCAAAUUAGGGUAAUAGGCAUACCCAUUGCUGCAGACAUUUAUGCCUGUAAUCCCAGCACUUUGGAAAGCCGAGGCAGGUGGAUCACCUCAGAUCGGGAGUUCGAGACCAGCCUGACAACCCCGUCUCUACUAAAAAUACGAAAACUUAGCCAGUCGUGGUGGUGCAUGCCUGUAUUCCCAGCUACUUGGGAGGCUGAGGCAGGAGAAUCACUUGAACUCGGGAGGCGGAGGCUGUGGUGAUCCGAGACGUGUGACUGUACUCCAGCCUGAGCAACGAGAGCAAGACUCGGUCUCAGAAAGAGAAAGAAAACAUUCAAAAUUCCCUCUUCUAGCUCUUUAGUCACCUUACUGUGCAAAGAAAUGCCAGAACUCAUUCCUUCUACUAUCUGAGUGUAACUUUGUACCUGAGGGAGUCACUUUUGCUAGAGCUCUUCAGAGCAACCUGUGUGAGUUACUAGGAGGGAUCUCUAGAGAAACAGCAUAGAGUAGUUUUGUAAAGCAGUCCUUCGUGAGGAAACCGUGCUAUGGCCCACCACCAGCAUGCCAGCACAGUGGGGCCAAGACAGGGAGUAACAGCCAGCUAAGAGUGUGGCACAUGCAAAACAUAUGAUCAGCUCUUACCUUUUUAUAUGUAUUUUUUUUUAAGUAAAGCUUUAAUCUCUUAUCAAUGGCCAAUUUAAGUCAACAGAGAAUGUUCCUGAAACCAGACCAUGGGUGACUAAAUUUUGCAUGUAAAGCAUGUGCAACUUAGGCAUGAAGCCUGCACCCUGGUCACUGCUGGGGUAGACCCCUAGGUGGUGGGGACUCAGGGACAUUCGACCUUCUUAACAGGAAGAAAAUUUAGGCAUUGGUUUUGGUCCCUGAAAAGUAGGUAGAAUGUAAUGUUGGGGAAGUGAGAGAAGCUUCCUUGGUGACGGUGAGGACAAUGAUCAGACAUUCAGAGCCUCAGGUGGUUCUCAAACUUUAGGGUGCUUUAGAAUCCCCAGAGGGCUUGUCAAGAUACUGAGGGCUAGGCCCCACCCCCCAAAGUAUCCGAUUCAGUAGGUCUUGGGAGAGGCUCCAGAAUUUGCAUUUUUGACAAGUUCCCAGGAGAUCAUGAUGCUCUGGGCUGAGAACUGCACUGAGAACCACUGCUCUGGGAGACCCCUGGGGGACAGAUGUACAGACUUCUGUGUUUAAGUACCUCUUCAAAAUUCAUUCACGUGUUUGCUAACUUAUUCCCAAGUGUGCCUUUUUCCCUCUUCCUUGCUCUUGUUUUUUCUCAGAGAUACUUAUCUUUCCUACCUUGUAAGUUGGCUUUGGACACCUCAAUGCACUACUCCUUCCAGAGACUUUCACCGGUGGUCCUUGGCUGGAGGCAAUUUUGCCCCACACCCCCAAGAGCAUUUUGUAUUGUCUGGAGACAUUUUUGGUUAUCACAACUUUGGGGGGUGGGGUAAGGUGCUAUUGGCAUCUGUUGGGUAGAGAUCAGGCACACUGCUAAGCAUCCUACAGUUCAGGACAGCCUCCCAGCAAAGAAUCAAUUAUCUGACCCAAAAUGUUAACAGUGCAGCUGUUGAAAAACCUUGAAUUGAAUUGAGUUUUUUAUGUGACUUAGCUCAGUUCAAUGUAAAUAGCCUCUUUCCUUGUGCAUAACUGUAUACACAAAGUGUCUAGGUUUACUGUAUUUUCAAUCUCAGAUACAUUGCUGACUUGUGACACAUUCUGGUCUUAGGAGAAUGCUUCACUCCACCUGGAGGAAAUGGGUUUUUUGGCAUGCAGUGGCCAGUGGUCCCAGGAACGGCCCAUUGUGCUCAACAGCAAUGUGCUCAGGACUGAGAAUGCACAUGCCAGCCAAUCAGUUGAUUGUUUUGUGUAUUGACAGUUUGCAUAACUCCAAAGCAAGAGUGGAUUUUCCUCCAGCACCAUUUAGUGCUUUAUAUUCUAGACCACAUAAGAUCUGUGACCAGAUCAGUGAUGCAGUGCUGGAUGCCCAUCUCAAGCAAGACCCCAAUGCCAAGGUGGCCUGCGAGACGGUGUGCAAGACUGGCAUGGUGCUGCUGUGUGGCGAGAUCACCUCAGUGGCCAUGGUGGACUACCAGCGGGUGGUGAGGGACACCAUCAAGCACAUCGGCUAUGAUGACUCGGCCAAGGGCUUCGACUUCAAGACCUGCAACGUGCUGGUGGCUUUGGAGCAGCAGUCCCCGGAUAUCGCCCAGUGCGUCCAUCUGGACAGAAAUGAGGAGGAUGUUGGGGCAGGUGAUCAGGGUUUGAUGUUCGGCUAUGCCACCGAUGAGACAGAGGAGUGCAUGCCUCUCACCAUCAUCCUCGCCCACAAGCUCAACGCUCGGAUGGCUGACCUGAGGCGCUCCAGUGUCCUUCCCUGGCUGCGGCCCGACUCUAAGACUCAGGUGACAGUUCAGUACGUGCAGGACAAUGGCGCAGUCAUCCCCGUGCGCAUCCACACCAUCGUCAUCUCUGUGCAGCACAACGAAGACAUCACGCUGGAGGAGAUGCGCAGGGCCCUGAAGGAGCAGGUCAUCAAGGCUGUGGUGCCGGCCAAGUACCUGGAUGAAGACACCAUCUACCACCUGCAGCCCAGUGGGCGGUUUGUCAUCGGAGGUCCCCAGGGGGAUGCAGGCGUCACUGGCCGUAAGAUCAUUGUGGACACCUAUGGUGGCUGGGGGGCUCAUGGUGGUGGGGCCUUCUCUGGGAAGGACUACACCAAGGUGGACCGCUCGGCUGCAUACGCUGCCCGCUGGGUAGCCAAGUCUCUGGUGAAAGCAGGGCUCUGCCGGAGAGUGCUUGUCCAGGUUUCCUAUGCCAUUGGUGUGGCCGAGCCGCUGUCCAUUUCCAUCUUCACCUACGGAACCUCUCAGAAAACAGAGCGAGAGCUGCUGGAUGUGGUGCAUAAGAACUUCGACCUCCGGCCAGGUGUCAUUGUCAGGGAUUUGGACUUGAAGAAGCCCAUCUACCAGAAGACGGCAUGCUACGGCCAUUUCGGAAGAAGCGAGUUCCCAUGGGAGGUUCCCAGGAAGCUUGUGUUUUAGAGCCAGAGGAGCUGGGCCUGGUCUCACCCUGGAGGCACCCGGUGGUCACGCUUCUCUUCCCCAGAGCCCUGGCCACUGACCGCCUUCCUCACCCACCACCCAUUGGAGCAAAGCCAGGUCCCUCUCAUUUCACCUGUCCUGUUAUUAUCACGGCUGGCUGGAGGCAGGGGCUUCCUGGUGCUGGAGGUUGGACCUUUAUGUGAAGAUGGGCAUGGUUUUCUCCUGCCACUCCCUCUGACUGAGGCAAUGUUAAUUUAGUGGAAAAGGCACCCCUGUCAAGAGUGAAUUUCCUCACUCGCCUCCCCCCACAGCUGGACUCUGACCAGCUCCCCCUCCUUCCCCUUGUCUGUGCCAGAUGAGGUCAGCACAUCUCACAGGCCUCAGGGCUCCUGUGGGCCUUGGCUGCUGGGCCUCCCUUUCACAGGUAGUCAGCGCCCUGAGCCAGGGUCUCCAGAAAGCCCCUCCCAGGCCAGGCACAGAGCAGGGCUGAUGUCUCCUAAGCAUCUGUAAUGUGCGAGGGACCCAGGCAAUGACUGAUCUCAUUUUUUCUUCACUACAACAUGAUGAGGCAGUACCUUUUAUUAUCCCAUCUAUAGAUGGGGGAAACCAAGGCACAGAGAAUCUGUAUAACUUCCACAGGGUCCCACAGCCAUGAGUUGAGGCCUAGAUGUGUAACUAGGAGCUUUGACUCAGAAGCCUAUAACACACCCCCACCCGACUGUUGUCUCAUGCCAGUAACAGGCUUAAACAAUGACAAAACAGAUUCUGAAAUGAGGCCAUGGACUCUGUCCUAGAGGCGUGAGGUUACUGGAAAUUAGCGGAUUAAUCCCUACCAGCUCUUGUUGAGCUCUGGGCAAUUGUCUGCAAAGUGAAGACAGAGCCACAGGACAAUUUUGUUUGCUUCAUGUGUCCCAGAAGAUGGUACAAGGUGAGCUGAACGCCUGGCCCAUCAGGGUGGGCUGGAGAUUGGGAUUAACCAGCAGCUUUAGAAUCCCAGCCUCCUGACCACUGAGAGACAUACAGAGAUUGGGUUUUUGGACAUCUGGGGCAACUGGUCUAAGUCCAGUCAAGUCCUGUCGGGGCUUCCUGGAGCAGAAGGAGUAAAUUGUCCUACCCCUUAGACAGAGGCCUUCAAGUCUUCCUCUUUCUCUGGCCCCUUGUAUCCUCUGCAGGCUGAGUACAUUUGGAGGGAGUGAGUGGGUCCUUCAGAUGCCCCAUCCAGGGAGGCUGAUCCUAAGGCCUCAUAUUAAAUAGGUGGGGCUUGCCUUCUGGUAGUGGACAAGCUACUGAGAUGUCAUGAGGAGAUUCUGCCUUUGCCAGGUGACUCUCUGGGAGCAGGUCUGCUUCCAAGGGGCCUGAGCAGUCCUUGGCCUGCCAGGGUCUUGGAACUCACCUGCCUUUCCAUUUGUGGCCAGUAGUACCUGCCCCACCCGCCCCAUUUGUCCUUAGCCUGGACCUCUGAUAGCAGCAUCUCUACCUUCUCCCCAGCUCCCAGGACCACAUGCUCAGGCAGGGGCCUCCAUGGGCCCCAGGGGAACACUGGGGACUUGGCUUCUUUCUAGGAUACAUGGUGCUUGUUCGGGCUGGAAGAGGCAGCCCAGGAAGUCUCAUCUUGGGAGCAGGCAGCUUGCAUCUGGGCUUUGGCCUGGAACACAAAGACCCUGGCUUUCAUUUUCUAUCAGACAAAAGGAAAUUAAGGCAACAAAUGAAGCCCAGCUCCUGGUCACCUAGGAAGCCUCAAAUUCCUUCCAGUGGAGCAAGGGAGAGGUUUGCAGGUACCUGAAUUCCUCAAACUUGGGUCAUACUUGAUGUGAAAAUUCAGAACUUUAUACUUUUCCUUCCUUCUAGAGAAAUACGAAACUAAAGCCUUUAUUUGUUAAUAGUUCCUGCUAGAACAGUGAAUAAAAAGCUCAAGAAGCAACUA